AUGUCGACCAUUCAAAUGACACCCACCGUGAAAGACACUACCAAAUUGGAGCGUAUUGGAGCACAUUCCCACAUUUCUGGUCUUGGUAUCUCCGAUUCACUGGAUGUUUCUUCCAUGUCUGCCAAAACCUGCGGUUUGAUUGGCCAAGUCAAGGCCCGAAAGGCCAUGGGAAUGGUGCACAAACUAAUUCAGCAGGGCAAGAUUGGGGGACGGGCCAUUCUGAUUGCCGGUCCACCUUCGACAGGAAAGACGGCCUUGGCCAUGGGACUGGCUCAGCAAUUGGGAGAUGAUGUGCCCUUUUGCAGUCUCAGUGCGACCGAAGUCUUUUCGUUGGAUAUUAGCAAGACUGAGGCACUGACACAAGCCAUUCGGCGUUCCAUGGGGGUUCGUAUUGAUGAAGAACAAGAAAUUAUGGAAGGUGAAGUAGUUGAAAUUCAAAUUGAUACUCAUGGCGGUGCCAAGGGAGGCAAGUCUGGGCGAUUGACCUUGUGCACGACCGAUAUGGAAACCAUUUACGAUUUGGGAACCAAAAUGAUUGAGCGAUUGACUCAAGAACGAAUUUCGGCCGGAGAUGUCAUUAGAAUUGACAAGGCUACUGGAAAGGUUACUAAAUUGGGACGCAGUGUAUCACGAUCUAGAGACUAUGACGCCAUGGGAUCCGAUACCAGGUUUGUCGCGUGCCCUGAAGGAGAGUUGCAAAAACGUUCCGAGAUUACCCAUACUGUCUCGUUGCACGAAAUUGAUGUCAUUAACUCGCGACAACAAGGAUUCAUGGCGCUUUUUGCUGGAGAUACGGGGGAGAUUGCAGAAACUAUUCGGGAGCAGAUUGAUCAAAAAGUAGCCGAAUGGAGAAGUGAGGGUCGGGCCAAGCUCAUCCCUGGUGUACUUUUCAUUGACGAAGUGCACAUGUUGGAUAUGGACUGUUUUUCCUUUUUGAAUCGAGCCUUGGAGUCGGAAAUGUGUCCCAUUGUCAUAUUGGCCACCAACCGAGGACAAUCCAUCAUUCGGGGCACCAAUUAUACCAGUCCGCACGGAGUCCCACUUGAUCUAUUGGAUCGUCUCUUGAUCAUUCCCACUGCUCCCUACACACAACUCGAAUUGAAGGAAAUUCUCCAAGUGCGAUGUACCGAAGAACAAGUAGACAUGACAAGCGAAGCCUUGGAGCUUUUGUCACGGAUUGCCAGUGAAACCAGUUUACGAUACGCCAUUCACAUGAUCAUGACAUCAUCACUGGUAGCCAAGAAGAAAAAGAGUAAAGAAGUUCAACUGCAGCACAUUGAACGGUGUCACAAGUUGUUUUACGACGUCCAACGAUCGACAAAAUACAUUAUGGAAUACCAAAAUCAAUUCUUGUUUCACGAAUUGGACAGUGCCGAGGCUAUCUUGGCCGCCACGACGCUGGCACCUCCAACUCCAAAGCAAGACGACAAGAUGGAAGAGUAA